AUCUUUCUCUGUCAUCAAGCAACUUUCACAAUGGGUAGAGAUCACUUCAGCAGACCACACGAAAAGAACAGUCACAGAACUACUCCAAAGUCUGACAACGUCUACUUGGCAUCCCUUGUCAAGUUGUACUCAUUCUUGGCACGUAGAACUGAUGCUUCCUUCAACAAGGUUAUCUUAAAGUCUUUGUUCUUGUCCAAGAUCAACAGACCACCAGUUUCUGUUUCCAGAAUUGCUAAGGCUUUGAAGCCAACCGUUUCCUCCCAGAAGUUGGUUGUUGUUGUCGGUACCGUCACUGACGACAUCAGAUUACACGCUUUCCCAAAGGCUACUGUUGCUGCUUUGAAGUUCACCAAGGGUGCUAAGGCUACCAUCUUGAAGAACGGUGGUGAAGCCAUCACUCUCGAUGAAUUGGCUUUGAGAGCUCCAACUGGUAAGAACACUUUGGUCUUGAGAGGCCCAAGAAACUCCAGAGAAGCUGUCAGACAUUUCGGUUUCGGUCCACACAAGGGUAAGGCUCCAAAGGUCCAAUCUAAGGGCAGAAAGUUCGAAAAGGCUAGAGGUAGAAGAAGAUCAAGAGGUUUCAAGGUCUAAUCUAAUUAAUUUUUAAUACGAUAGUUAAUUAUUUAGUCCCGGUGUAUGUUUUAUGUAUAGCUUUCAAACUUGUGUAAUCAACACUGUAUUACCUCCUUCUGGGUAUUUUCUAAUCAAAGGU